GCUAGACUACUUUGGCUCUUGCUGGGAAUCCUUUAUUGAAGCAGCAGCAAUGCACUACUGGGAGCUACCUGAGCACAUAAGACACGGCCAGAGCACUGAGAGAUAUCGGGUAUUGAUUUAACUGGAGUGAAUAAGGGAACCUUCUUCGUGAUCAGACAUUGGAGCCUGUUAUCAGCAUGAACUCAUAUGUGUUAGACAAACACAUGAAUAAUUCAUAUCCAUCCUUCACUACAGGAAGCAUCAGAAUGAUACUGCAAACUUCAAAAGUCUUAGACACCAAUGACUAUUCACAAACAUUGGGGAAAUCACAGCAGAUAUUUAAACAAGAUGGUGAAUUGGCAGGAACUGGGCAACAAUCAUGUAAUUCAGUCAUCAAACAAGAGGACAACAUUAAUGCCUUAUCUAGUGAAAUGAUUAUCCCAGAGGAUACACCACACACAUUUACUGAGUUUUCAAAACAUAAUAAAGAAGGGAAAAGUCUACAGUCUAGCCAAAUGAUUCAUACAAAGGAACAACCUUUCAAAUCUACAGAAUGUGAGAAAAGCUUUAGAUGGAAGUCUCAUCUACUAGAGCACUACACAAUUCACUCGGGUGAGAAACCACACACAUGUACUGAGUGCGGCAAAUGUUUUACACGAAUGAAUCAUCUGAAAACUCAUAAAAAGAUUCACACAGGAGAAAAGCCUUUCACAUGUACAGAGUGUGGGAAAUGUUUUAUAGAAAAGAGUCAUUUGAAAACUCAUAAAAAGAUUCACGCAGGGGAGAAGCCGUUCACAUGUACAGAGUGUGGAAAAGGAUUUACAAUAAAGUGUAAUCUGAAAACUCAUGAAAGGAUUCACACAGGAGAAAAACUUUUCACAUGUACAGAGUGUGGAAAAAGUUUUACACAAAUGGAUGGUCUGAAAACUCAUGAAAAGAUUCACACAGGAAAAAAACCUUUCACAUGUACAGAGUGUGGAAAAAGUUUUACACAAAUGCAUUGCCUGAAAACUCAUGAAAUGAUUCACACAGGAGAAAAGCCUUUCACAUGUACAGAGUGUGGAAAAAGCUUUACACAAAUGAGUCAUCUAAAAUAUCAUGAAAUGAGUCACACAGGGGAAAAGCUUUUCACAUGUACAGAGUGUGGAAACAGUUUUACACAAAAGAGUGAUCUGAAAAAGCAUGAAAUGGUUCAUACAGGAGAAAAGCCUUUCACAUGUACAGAGUGUGGAAAAAGUUUUACACGUAUGGAUUGUCUGAAAACUCAUGAAAUGAUUCACACAGGAGAAAAGCCUUUCACAUGUUCAGAGUGUGGAAAAAGCUUUACACAAAUGAGUCGUCUAAAAUAUCAUGAGACACACAGGGGAAAAGCUUUUCACAUGUACAGAGUGUGGAAACAGUUUUACACAAAAGUGUGAUCUGAAAAAGCAUGAAAUGUUUCAUACAGGAGAAAAGCCGUUCACAUGUACAGAGUGUGGAAAAGGAUUUACACAAAUGAGUAAUCUGAAAACUCAUGAAAGGAUUCGCACAGGAGAAAAGCCUUUCACAUGUACAGAGUGUGGAAAAUGUUUUUCACAAAUAAGUAGUCUGAAAACUCAUGAAAGGAUUCAUAAGGGAAGAAACCUUUAACAUGUUUAGAAAAUAGGGUUGCUACCUUGCUACCUUUUGCACAGCCAAUUAUCUGACACUUUGCAAAUGGGCGUGGUUGAGGAUGUGGUUCACACAACCUUACAGGGACAUUCCAGGCAAAAUUGGAAUCUACUUGUAUGCAUUUCAGUUUUGAGUAGAACCAUUUUUGUAACAUACAUGUAUUAGAAUAAAUGCUUCUAAUAAGUUAUAGUUGUUUCAAAGGUGUAUUUAAGUAUGCCCCGUGCACCAGUAUUUUAAACACAGCACUUGCUCAGAGAGCCUAAGGUGCUUUUACCAGUGACUCAAUUUGUUCAUUGCUGACAUGAUACAAGACCCAGUGGCGCUAUGCGCAGCUGCAGUGUUUAAAAUGCUGGUGCACUGAGAGUAUCUAGCUAUGCUACACAUGCACGUGCAGAGAAAAAUAUUAUCACUAAAAUAUUGAUAACUUUUACUAGAAACAUUUUUGCCAAUAUGUGUUUAUUGCAAAUAUGUUUCUAUCCAAGGAUGUAAUUCAUCUGUGUAUUUAAAUUUUGACCAGAGUGUCCCUUUAAUAAAAUAUAUUUGACCAUUUUUUGGUCUGUUAUUAAA